GUUUCUCGCACGGUCUCCACGUCGCGUGCGCAUCCGCAACUCAUCUCGGCACCACCCACCCCACGCCCACGGCCGCCGGGACGGGAGAAAUCGUAUUCAGCAAUUCUAGUCGCCGCUCUCUGACUCAUCUCCGCUCUCAGUUCCCGAGCCAAGUUACCCCAUGGCCGCCGCGGCGUUCGCCUCCUCUCCUUUCGCGCUGGUCUCCUUCCGCAGCCGCCGGGAUGGCCGCCUGAGCCUGUCGCCUCCCCCUCGGCGCCCCGCCGCCGGGCGCUGCAGGGCCUCGGCGCCGACGUUCCAGGGGGGGCCCGCCGCCAGCUACGCCCGCGAGAUGGAGCGCCUCUCCGCCAAGGAGUCCCUUCUCCUCGCCUUCAGAGACGCUGGAGGAUUUGAAUCCUUGGUUAGUGGAAAAGCCACGGAGAUGCAGAAAAUUGAUGUCAAUGAGCGGAUUGUUGGACUCGAGCGUCUAAACCCCACUCCACGCCCCACAACAUCUCCCUUCCUGGAAGGUCGAUGGAACUUUGAAUGGUUUGGUGACAGCAGUCCUGGAGCAUUGGCAGCCCGCCUUCUGUUUGAGAGGUCACCUACAACUGUUGCACACUUUACAGGACUUGAUGUCCUAAUCAAGGAUGGAUACUCCAAAAUUUCUUCCAACGUGAAGUUCUUAAAUACGGUACAAAGCAAGUUCCUACUGACUACUCAGUUGUCUGUUGAGGGUCCUAUAAGGAUGAAAGAGGAAUAUGUCGAGGGUCUUAUAGAGAUCCCUAGGAUCAGAGAAGAAACAUUACCUGAUCAACUAAAGGGCUUCAUUGGACAAACUGCAGGAGCCCUGGAACAACUCCCUGCACCCAUAAGGGAUGCUGUUUCAGAGGGGAUUAAGUUGCCACUUAAUGGGAUGUUCCAGCGCAUAUUCAUGAUUUCUUACUUGGAUGAGGAAAUUCUGAUAAUCAGAGAUGCAUCUGGAGCACCUGAUGUCCUAACAAGAUUGGAAGGUCCACAACCAAAUUCAAUUGAUGGCACAUCAGACGCAGUGCUGUCAGAAUAUGAAAGCUAGGGUUAAUCGGGGGAACUAAUUAGAACAUCGUAAUUAGAUUUUUUUGUUCUGUUCAGUCACUUUUCACCUUUGCACAUACAUAAAAAUUGUAGUGCAUAUUAGCAUUCUCUUGAAUGAGUUAACCUCCCU